AUGUGGAUCUCACCUGAUGGUAAAAUUCAUAAAUUAGUAAUAGUAGAAGGUACUUGGGGUAAAAAACCAUCAGAACAGACUGAAUGUGAAAUAUUAAUCUCAAAAUGUCCAGAGUCUUUUCUAGAAUAUAACAAUUCCAUGGUAGUAGUAGGUGAUAGUGAUAACUAUGUAAGACGCACAUUAGACUUAUGUUUAAGUACAAUGAAUGAAUCAGAAACCGCUAAAUUUAAAAUAAUGCCUGAAAAUAUAUCAUUUGUUGUUACAUUAGUGCAUAUCAAAUUUAGAGGCUACAUCCACACGUGGAACGCCAAAAAGAAAUUUGAAAUAGCACAAGAACACAAAGAGAGAGGUGUAACUUUGUAUAAACAAGACAGAGGUAAAGACGCCGCCUAUCGUUUUGUUAAAGCUUUAAAAAUAAUACAUUCAAUACCAAUUAAUGCUGAAACACCACCUGACGUGAUUGAUAACAUUCCAGUGAGUGAUAUUAAAAAACUAAAAGCGAAUUUAUACAAUAAUUUAGCUUCGUACUAUUUAAAAAAAGGAGCGUGGCAGCUUACUAUAGACACAUGCAAAAGAGUUUUUGAUUAUGAUGAGGAUAAUAUUAAAGCGCACUAUAAGCUUGCAGUGGCAUUAAUCAAAGAUCGAAAUUUCGAGAGAGCCAAAAACGAGUUAGAUAUUGUUUUAGCUGCUGAAUCUGAUAAUAAAGCGGCGAUCGAACAUAUGAAAUACGUUAAAGAACAAUUACAUAAUGCCGAAGUCAAGUAUAACUUGAUGGUGAAGAAAAUGUUUGCCUAAUUUAUAGAAUCGUGCCAUGAUGCUUGUUUUUUGUACUAACACAAGUUUUUAUUUUUCUUACAAAGUGUAUGCCAAUGUAUAAAUUUUAUUCUUAAUAAUAAACUUGCUUUUGAUUCA